GUGCCUCGGCCCAGUGGCGGGCGGCGGGCGGCGCAUGCGCCUUGCGACGGGCUAGAAAACGGUCUGCGGGCGGGGCGCGCCGGGCCGACGCCAUGGAGCCGGGAUUCGGAGGCUGCGGGCCCUGGAGUGCUGAGCCCACCGACGCCCCGGGUUAUGAGAACCACCACCGCUCGGGCAGCCAGGACAGCGGCACUUGUGGCUACGGCCCCUCCCCGUGGGAGCACCCCGAGGGCCCCGGCGGCCUAAGCAGCGGAGGGGCGGCCCCCCACCCCCCGGAGCCCCGCAGAGACGACUCGGAGUCCAUUGUCGCCAAGAUCAAGCAGCGCUUGGACAUGAUGUCGAAGGAGGGCGUGGCCGGUGACGGUGACGAGGGUCUGCAGGAGCCCCAGAGGCCCUGCCACUUCCAGUCCUUCGAGGCCGGCGGCGAGUCCACCAGGCCCGACUACGACUCGCCCCCCGGGCCAGGCCCAGACCACAACGGCGGCCACGGCCAGGAUGAGCCAGACCGGGACCCGGACCAGGAGGCCGGCAGCUUCACGCCCCCGGCGGACGCCCCGGAGCCCACCCCCGAGCCGGAGCCGGAACCCGAGCCCGCGCCCACCCCGGCUCCGGCCCCCGCCCCGGCCCCCGCGACCCCCACCACCACCUCCGAGUCCCUCCUGGGCCCCGCCCCCUGGCACCUGCUGACCUACAUGGGCGGCCGUGGCCUGUGCGGGCCCGCCCCUCGGCCCCCCCUCUUCCCGUCCAUGCCCCCCAACUUCGGCAUGAUGGGCAUGCAGGGGCCGGGCUGCUACGACAACUCCAUGCCCUACGGAUACGGCCGCGGACAGCCCCGGAUGAGGGGCAUGAGAGAGCGGCCUCCCCGAAGGAGGGGCUUCCGGCGCUUCGGCCCCGACGGCAUGAGGUGGAAGCGGAGACAGCCGCCCAUGUUCGAGGAGCCGGAGCCCAAGCACUUCCGCUACGACUACGAAGCCGACUUCUCAGAGAACGACGACGGCACUGGUGACUUCCGUUCCGGAGAUGAAGAGUUCCGGGGCGAGGACGAGUUCUGCGACUCGGGCUGGCAGCGAGGGGAGGAAGAUGAUGACGGGAGGAGGAGGAGGGAGAAGCAGCGGAGGAAGGACAGGACCCGAGACCGGGCGGCCGACAGGACUCAGUUCUCCUGCUCGGUGUGCAAGUUCCGCAGCUUCGAGGAGGAGGAGAUCCGGAAGCAUCUGCAGAGCAAGUUCCACAAGGAGACGCUGCAGUUCAUCGGCACCAAGCUGCCCGACAAGACGGUGGAGUUCCUGCAGGAGUACAUCGUGCACCGGAACAAGAAGAUCGAGAAGCGGCGCCAGGAGCUGCUGGAGAAGGAGGCCUCCAAGCCCAAGGCCGACCCCUUCCGAGGGAUCAGCGAGGAGCACUUCUUCAAGAAGAUCGAGGCGGCGCACUGCCUGGCCUGCGACAUGCUGAUCCCCGCGCAACCGCAGCUGCUGCAGCGCCACCUGCACUCCGCCGACCACAACCACAACCGCCGGGUGACCGCGGAAGAGUUCAAGAAGGCGAGUCUCCAUGUGGCCAAGAGCGUUCUGAACAACAGGCACAUCGUGAAGAUGCUGGAGAAAUACCUCAAGGGUGAAGACCCCUUCACCAAUGAAGCCAUGGACCCAGAGAUGGAAGGAGAGGACAACCCGGGCGGCGAGGAGAAGGAGGAGGCCGAGGCCGAGACCCCGGAGGACGUGGCGGCCGAGGUCCUGGCAGACGUGAUCACGGCCGCCGUGCGAGCCGUCGACGGGGAGAGGGAGGCCGCCCCGGACCCCGAGGACGCGGGGGAGGCCGAAGGGGAGCCCGCGGGCGCCGACUCCAAGGACGCAUCCGCCUAGACCCCUCCCCUCCCGGUUCCGGGGCUGUCCCGCCACGCAUCGCUCUCCCGCCCGCCCGCCCGCCCUGGCUCCCGGCCGAGAGGGGCCUGGUGGGGACCCAGCCGUCCCCCCGCCCCCAGCCCCCUCGGCCGCGGGCCGCCCCUCUGGGCCGUAUCCGUCCGGGCUGCGGUGCGGCGUCUUCGCCAGUAGAUCCAGUAGACCCCGUGGUCCUGCUUGUGAAUAGCGGCCGGCCCUCCCGCCCUCCCGCCCUCCCCGCCCUCCCGCCGGCCGCUCAGCUCCGGUUGCUUUCGUGACGCCCUUUUGUCGGUUCGCUUUUUCCUUCUUCUUUUUUAAGUUUCGAGAAUUUGCUUCAGCUUCAGUUCCUUGAAUUCUGCUCUGAAGUGGCUGUGCCCUGUGAGCCCGGCCGUGACGCCGGGAGGGAGGGAGGGAAGGAGGCGCCGGACUGAGCCCGACCGCCUGUCUGGCUGUGACCGCGGUCCCCGUCCCAUCCCUGCCGGCCGCUUCGUUCUUUCUUUUCCUUUUUUUUUUUUUUUUUUACCUCAUUCGUGUGCCGCCUCUGCGCCACUUCAGGGCUUUCUGUCCGAGUUGAGUUCCUUUUACUGAAAUACAUUUUCCAGGAAAACCCGAUGUCACUCCCAGACACAAACAGUGUAAGUCGCCAGUCGGGCACAGUACGUUGAAGAAAAAAAUAAAAGUAUCGGGAGAGAAGAAGAAGAAA